GCAAUCGUAGGGUUAUUCUGAGCCGCACACAGAGAAUCCCUUCCGCUGAAAAAGACACAUUCGUUCUCUUCCCUUCCAUUGAAGAGGAGGACGCUGCAACCUCCGAGAUCCAGCUUCUACCCCGAAAUCCACUCACUCGCGCUUCAGACAUUCCGAACCCUGAAUAUAAUUUCGAUCAUGUCAUUUUCUUAUCUGUCAAGAAUGGACAUUCCUGAGCUCUCGACAUACCAGCCUCGUACAAUUAAUGUGGUUGACGAAGACGCCGAAGAAGCUUGGCUUAAAGCAACAGAAUACCGGCCUCUGACCAUAAGGCGCUACCUGUUGAACUUUUGUGGAAUUGUUGAUGGCAUUCACGAAGCUAUCUAUGGGCUACACCGUCGCGAUAAGUGGGAGGCAAUUCACAAUGCUCUUGAAGAGAUCAUCAACAUUAGCCAAGAAGUGGGAGCACAGAAUAUGGUAUGUGCAGCGAAAGAGAUGCUGAAGCUUCUGGACGAAAAAGAUUACGAAAGUGUAAAGAACAAAGGUGUGAAGGAGCUUUGGGAGCAAUAUGAACUCCUAUACACACCCGGGUUGAAUCUAAACUCGAAUUCCUUCAACUUGGGAACGGUAGAGAUUGGAUCAGCAGGAAUGGAGAUAUGCUAAGUUGGUUGACACUUGCAUUCAAUUUGGCAGCUUAUAAAUCGAAAUCACUUUUCUACAGAGUAUUUUAUUUGGAUGCUCUGGAUAUGUUUAUGUAUCCCAUGGUGUGUUGCCUAGACAUAAUUUAAUCCGUUCGCUACGAUUACUUGUAUGAAGAAUCAACACUUUGUCCCGGAAUAAUGCAUGUUCUUGUUUGUUUUGAGCGCAAUUUUCCUCAAAUAUUCGUAUUGUGUUGCAAUCGUCUUGUUUGAAAUGAAUUUCAUGUGGUUCAAGCAAAAUGUUAACAAGUCGGAAGUGCGAUCGUAUCCCCUCCUCCGAUCGUCGCUCUUCUCGAGACCCACCCAGCAUCGCCCCCAGAAAAAAUCGGCAGCCUGUUGUAGAAACAAUUAAGAGAAGCGAUGCACUUCAUGUAUUCAGUUGCGAUAGCUUGGGCUGUUGCAAUGUGGGGCAGGGCCAUUUACCUAAAAACAAUUUGCUCUGCUGCAGCCUCCGGCUGCUCGCCGAACGAUCCUUCUCCAUCUCCCA